AUGGUACCAUCAUCAUGGCGUCCUGCCCGGAAUCCUAUGGAAUCCCAGCAAGCAAGACCAGCGGUGCCGGUCCUACUUUCAACAGACCCACCGCUUCCCUCGGUCGGGAGCCAUCCUCCUAAGAGGAUACUACAGACAACGCCCUAUCCUAAGCGGGCACGAAAGACAGCCAGAACAGAGAAUGGUCUAACCCGGUCAUCUCAGAACCAGGUUUCUCUACAGGAUAUCUCCGAGAGAACAUGGAACAUGCGGGGCGCCUCGUUCUCCCAGGGCAGGGAUUCGAGCGGUCUAUCCCAGCCAGAGAAAGCUGGUGUAGCACUACCAACCUCCGACAGCAUCGCCAUGUCGCAGCCGUCGCAGAGCCCCCGAGAGCACUCAGUGCCCGUUCACUCUUUCAGCGAGCGGGAGCCGGAUCCUGACAGUCAGACUAUUGAAAGUGGAACUCCUCAGAUACGCCAGCAGUAUACACAAGAUUGGUUGUUCACCGACUAUAAUGAGCUACAAGAGAGCGGGCUAGCUCGGCCCAAGUCGGCUAUUCACACACACUCAUCUGAUCAUAUUAGAGCCUCCCCAUCAGAUGUGGAGGCAUUCAAGGAGAUGACUCUCUGUGCACGGCAGCAGUUUAUUGCUACACUGGAUAAUAAAAAUGUGGUGUGGCCAGUCGAGCAGGCAUUUCCAGGCAUAUUGGCCAACCGGCCUCUUUAUAAGAAUAGGGUGACGCGCGUCCGCGCCCUCUACAGUACCUGGAAGAAUAAGUCCUUGGACCUGGCAUUGAGGAAAUUCAAUAGCUGGAUUCUCACCCUCUCUCCUCGACAGAUGCAAAAAAUCCGUAAUUCAACGGACUUUGUCCUGGUUUACCAGGCCAUAGCUAGCCAGUUUGAAUUUAGUUGGGUGUUUGAUGUCUUUCCUUGGGCCCAGCAGGUGUUGUCUAUCGAUGACUGCUCUGACCUAGCUAGGGACUGGCUAAAGUAUAUCACCACACAGCUAAUGACAUCGACUUACUUUGCAAGUGCUAAUGAGCAAUAUUCUAUGAAUGCAACCAAUGCUCCUGCACCAAAUAAAUGGAGCCGCUACAACGUGCUGGGGCUCUUUGAUGGUUUACAUGACUGUAAGAGGUUUCGGGGUAGGCUGAGUAUUCGUGACUUCCCCCGUCGCUCAACGCCUGUAGUUCCAAUGCGCCGUGCUCGUCUGCACAUUGAUGUCAAUGAAAUCCUGGAGGGUGACCCUUUCACAGUACAUACGACAGAGCGCCCCCUGUUGGAUGAUUCUGAUAUAUCAUACACAGACGAUGAGGCAGCUGUAACUGCAUCUCGUACUGCUUGGCAGUCGCAUGAAAAGACAGGUGAAGAGGAGAGAUAGGAGGAAGAUGAGGAGGAAGAUAUCAGCCAGACAAAGCAUAAUAUAUCUAGCAG